AAACAACUGCCCAUUUCUAGCCUCUAAUUUCUCUCUCUUAAUCUCUAUAAAUUCUCAAUCUUUUUACAGUUCAUGUACUAGAGUCUAGAAAUAGAAAAACAGAGCACAAACACCAAGACAAGUUCACUCUAGUAACAGUUUAUCUUUCUCUUUCUCUCUUCUUAAGAAGAGCAAGAAGUGGAAAUUGAGUGAAAAUGGCAGGUAAUGAUUGGAUAAACAGCUACCUUGAAGCAAUUCUUGAUGUGGGUCCUGGCUUAGAUGAUGCUAAAUCAUCUUUGUUACUUAGAGAAAGAGGAAGGUUUAGUCCUACUAGGUAUUUCGUUGAACAAGUUAUUACUGGAUUUGAUGAAACUGAUCUACAUCGUUCAUGGGCUCGAGCCCAGGCAACAAGGAGUCCUCAGGAGAGGAAUACAAGAUUGGAGAAUAUGUGUUGGAGGAUUUGGAACUUAGCUCGUCAAAAGAAGCAGCUCGAGGGAGAGCUCGCCCAGAGGAAUGCUAAACGUCGUAUUGAACGUGAAAGAGGCCGCAGAGAAGCAACGGCUGAUAUGUCUGAAGAUCUAUCAGAGGGAGAAAAGGGAGACACAGUAGGUGAUAUAUCAGGUCAUGGUGAUAGCCACAGAGGCAGACUCCCCAGAAUCAAUUCUGUUGAUGCAAUGGAGGCAUGGGCUAGUCAGCAGAAGGGCAAAAAGCUAUACAUUGUAUUAAUAAGCCUUCAUGGUCUAAUACGAGGUGAAAAUAUGGAGCUUGGGCGUGAUUCAGAUACAGGUGGUCAGGUUAAGUAUGUUGUGGAACUUGCGAGGGCUUUGGGCUCAAUGCCAGGAGUCUAUCGAGUUGAUUUGUUAACUAGACAAGUGUCAUCUCCAGAUGUAGAUUGGAGUUAUGGUGAGCCCACAGAGAUGCUGACUCUUAGAAACUUGGAAAAUUUUGAAGAUGAGAUGGGAGAAAGCAGUGGUGCCUAUAUUGUUCGUAUACCCUUUGGACCAAGAGAUAAAUAUGUUCCUAAGGAACUAUUGUGGCCUCACAUCCCUGAAUUUGUUGAUGGUGCACUUAACCACAUAAUUCAGAUGUCCAAAGUUCUAGGGGAGCAAAUUGGUGGUGGGAAGCCAAUAUGGCCUGUGGCCAUCCAUGGACAUUAUGCUGAUGCAGGCGAUUCUGCUGCUCUUUUAUCUGGUGCUUUAAAUGUCCCGAUGCUUUUCACAGGUCACUCACUUGGCCGGGAUAAGUUAGAACAGCUGCUAAAACAAGGCCGACUAUCGAGGGAUGAAAUAAAUCUUACAUACAAAAUAAUGCGUCGAAUAGAGGCUGAGGAAUUCUCCCUUGAUUCUUCUGAGAUAGUCAUAACCAGCACUAGACAGGAAAUUGAUGAGCAGUGGCGCUUGUAUGAUGGUUUUGAUCCAAUACUUGAGCGCAAACUGCGAGCGAGAAUCAAGCGUAAUGUGAGCUGUUAUGGCAGAUUUAUGCCUCGCAUGGCUAUAAUUCCUCCUGGAAUGGAAUUUCAUCACAUUGUUCCUCAAGAAGGGGAUAUGGAUGGUGAAAUUGAAGGAAAUGAAGACCAUCCUACUUCUCCUGAUCCACCGAUCUGGACUGAGAUAAUGCGGUUCUUUACAAAUCCCCGUAAGCCUAUGAUACUUGCCCUUGCUAGGCCAGAUCCCAAAAAGAACAUUACGACUCUGGUUAAAGCAUUUGGGGAAUGCCGUCCAUUGAGAGAGCUUGCUAAUCUUACGCUGGUUAUGGGUAACCGAGAUGGAAUUGAUGAAAUGUCAAGUACAAAUGCUUCUGUCCUCCUUUCAGUUCUUAAGCUUAUCGACAAAUAUGAUCUGUAUGGGCAAGUUGCAUACCCUAAACACCACAAGCAGUCUGAUGUGCCUGAUAUAUAUCGUCUAGCAGCAAAGACAAAGGGUGUUUUCAUCAAUCCAGCAUUCAUUGAGCCUUUUGGGCUUACUUUGAUUGAGGCAGCAGCUCAUGGUUUGCCCAUUGUUGCCACGAAAAAUGGAGGCCCAGUAGACAUACACCGGGUACUUGAUAAUGGUCUUCUUGUUGAUCCUCAUGAUCAACAAUCUAUCGCUGAUGCUCUUCUAAAGCUUGUUGCUGACAAGCAGCUUUGGGAAAAAUGCAGGCAAAAUGGGUUGAAGAAUAUUCACCUAUUUUCAUGGCCAGAGCAUUGCAAAAGUUACCUAUCAAGAAUAGCCAGUUGCAAACCUAGGCAUCCAAAGUGGGAGAAAAAUAAUGACGGAGGUGAUACUUCAGAUACUGAUUCACCUGGUGACUCCUUGAGAGACAUACAUGAUCUUUCUUUGAACUUGAAGUUCUCAUUAGAUGGAGAAAAGACUGGAGCUAGUGGAACUGAUAAUUCUCUAGAGUAUGAAGGAGAUGGCUCUGAUAAAAAGACUAAAAUAGAAAAUGCUGUUUUAGCAUGGUCAAAGGGUGUUUCAAAGAACACACAAAAGAUGGGGUCCACAGAGAAAGGAGAACAUAACAAUAGUUCUGGCAAGUUUCCUGCUUUGAGGAGGAGGAAACAAAUCUUUGUCAUUGCAGUAGAUUUUGAUAACAUCUCUGUACUUCUAGAGGCAACAAGAAAAAUAUUUGACGCCGUUGAAAGAGAGAGGACUGAAGGCUCAAUAGGAUUUAUACUGUCAACGUCUUUGACCAUAUCUGAGAUCCACUCAUUUCUUGUCUCAGGGGGGUUCAGUCCCAGUGAUUUUGAUGCUUUUAUAUGCAAUAGUGGUAGUGACCUCUAUUAUUCAAAUCAUAAUCCAGAGGAUGGUCCUUUUGUGGUUGACUUUUAUUACCACUCACAUAUUGAGUACCGAUGGGGUGGAGAGGGGCUAAGGAAAACUCUGGUUCGCUGGGCAGCUUCAGUUAAUGAUAAAAAGUCCAAAAAUGAGGAACACAUUGUUACAGCAGCUGAACAACUUUCAACCAACUAUUGUUAUGCUUUCAAAGUGCAAACACCAGGACUGGUUCCCCCAGUUAAGGAAUUACGGAAGUUGCUGAGGAUUCAGGCUCUCCGAAGUCAUGUAAUCUAUUGCCAGAAUGGAACCAGGAUAAAUGUAAUUCCAGUGCUGGCGUCUCGUUCUCAAGCCCUCAGGUAUCUGUACGUUCGGUGGGGUGUGGAAUUGGCAAAUAUGGUGAUUUUUGUUGGAGAAUGUGGGGACACUGAUUAUGAAGGAUUGCUUGGUGGGAUACACAAGAGUAUAAUAUUGAAGGGAGUCUGCUGUGGUGCAAAUAACCAACUCCAUGCCAACAGAAACUACCCUCUCUCGGAUGUCAUACCAUCAGACAACUCAAAUGUCGUUCAGACAGCUGAAGAAUGCACCUGUUCAGACAUCCUGGGUUCCUUGGAGCAACUAGGAUGUCUCAAGGGCUAGACGAUCUCAAUCUUGCCCUGCAUCACUCCACUUUGUUCUAGAGCUUCUUCUCUAUGUUGCUCUCAUCAUAAGGAGUCCUGUUACCUGCUUGCUUUCGUGGCAAACAGCGUCUCAUAAGCCUACUCAUAAAAUUUUGGGGUCUUCAGAAGCCUGCUUGUGGGUUUUCUUGUGGAACCUGAAAAAACCUCACUUUCAACUUUUACCAACUUGUUUAUUCUCAUGUAGGGUCUAUCCUUUUUGCCCUUAUUGGCCCAUGAUUAGCCAAACGUACUCGUGUCCUAUUUCCAUAUCUAUUGUACACAGUUGCACCCGCUUACAGCAUGGUAUCAAUCAGACCAGUGAAGAGUAUCCUACAAUAUUUGCAAUCUUA